AGAGGAUCAGACACACCCUGAAGGUCUAUAAAUCAGUGCUGGAGGAGAUCUCUGUUGUGUGUGACGUCAGCACUCAGGAAGAGAGGCUGGACCAAAGAGACCAACAGGUUCAGGAAAUGCAACAGAUCAUCACUGAGCCACUCGACCAGCUCCAGGAAGCUUUUGGGAUAGUGGACGUGGUUGAAACUGACAUUAAGGCUAUGGAGAAGAACGUCUCGCAGAUCAGAACCAUUUUAGACUCGCAGGAGAAUGCAGACAUAACACAGGCAGAAAAACUUUACCUUUGCGAGGAGAUCCUGAUCCAGAUUCGGUCAAUGCAGAAGAGGUUAGAAGACCUGGAGACCUGGAAAGGCGAGAUCCACCUCCCUGAAGGAGCAGAAAACCUUGUGGUCCUCUCCAAAGCCAGCCUGCUGGUUGAACAGCUGGAUGAGCUGGAACAAAUCACCAGGGAGCAAAUGUCUCUGCUGGAGAACAAAAGAGAAGAAGAAAAACCUGAGAAUCUUGAUAUUAUUUCAGUUUCCGAUUCUCCUGAAGAGAUGCAAUCCCUGGAGAACCCAGGACAUAGACGCUUUUCCCAGGAGCCUUUUGAGGUGUCUUGUCCAGAGGAAGAGGAGGAUGAGGGAGAUGAGAGUUGUCAUUCUUCUUCCUCUGACACACUAACAUGCAGUAUUCCAGAGGACCUGGUGGAGACGAUUAAUCUUUUGGAUGAGCAGAGGGAGGAUAUGUCUGAACUGAAGCCUCAGAAAAUUGUGAAGGAGGUGGAGAGCAAGGGUCAUCAAGGAGAAAACUGUUCAGAAGAACCUGGAAACAGUAUUUCAUGUGUGAAGCCUGAGCUUGAUGACUUUGGAUCUCAGAAUACUGGACCCGGAUCUCCAAAACUGGGCUUUAAAGCAGACGUUUGCCAAACCUUCAGUUUUGAAACCGUGAUGGAUGAUGAUAUAGAUGAUGAACAUGUUACAGCAGCUGCUGCAGCCCAGCAAGAACCAUCAAAACAGGAAAUCUUUGACAUCAAGCCACAAAUAAGCUCCACUGUGGUGGAAGCUGUAGUGGGAGACACAAGGCUGAUUCCUUCAAGACCUAUAACUCCAUUUUGUACCAAAAAAGCAUCAGAUGAGCUCAUCGAGGAGGAAGAUAAACAUCUGUCUUUGUCCUCGGUUAACUUUUCACAUCAAGGUGCCUUUAACAGACUGAAAGAGCAAAAAGAAGUCAGUCCAAGUCCCUUUAGUGGUUUGACUGGAUCUCAAAAACCUGAAGAGAUUCCCAAAGCAGCAAUUGGCUCUCCUGGUCAUGAAGAUGAUGAUGUGGAGAAUCAGCGUUGGGGUCUUCUUUGUAUCUAUAUCUCCAAAAAACUGCACUCCUUGAGAAAGAUUUUGGAGGAGCAGCAAAACGUGAUCAGCACACAAGAUGGAGGGAAAAGAAAAAAGGUUCCAGAAGAAAGUUCUGUGCCAACAGGAUUUGCUUCAUCAGUUCUUCAGCAAAUACAUGACACCAUCGCUAUGCUGAGGCAAAUGUUAUAUGAGGUGAAAUCCUCAGGUUCUUCUCAUCCAGGGGUGAAAAAGAAGUUGUAUGAGGCAGUACAGAGGGUCCUCCUUUGUGUCGACUCAUCAGCCGACCUUUUGACUCACGAUGAAACCAUAGAAGAGGAUCCUCAGUUGAGGCUGCUGCAGCAGGAGUGUUUAUCAGCUCAAUUGAUCACUCUGGCUGAGCUUGUGGCUAAAGUGGAAGCGCAGAUCAAACCUGAUCUCCUGAUGGAAGAAUCAGAUCCUCACAGCUGUUUGACAUCCCUUCAGGACUAUCUUCAUACGGUCCAGCUUCUCUUCACCUCCUCCCACAAUCAGCUGAUUGAGCACUCAGGACUGCAACAUCAGACACUCCCCUCCAACAUACCAUGUCUCCUGGAUGCAUUUGACACAGGACAGUGUGAGAUCUUCCCAAAUCUAAAGGGUGCUCUCACUUUAGAGUGUGCGCUGGGCAGAUAUCUGAGACCGAGUAGUGGGGAAAAAGAUGAACUACAACACGCCUCUCAAUCCUUGCUUCAGGGGAUAGCUCUCCUCUUGAAAGAGGGUGAAGAGAGUUUAACAGAAAACUGGACGAGCCAUAUUCCCAACCGCGGCACACUUCAAAAUAGUCUCUGCAGACGAAAGAAACUCCUCCAGGUCCUCAGAUCCCAGCUGUCUUUUCUCCAGUAUGUAUUUCAACAUGAACCCAAUGCACUUAAGAGCCAAGGUGAUGAAUGGGUGCAUCUGGAAGUCAGGGCCAAGGCUCUGCAGGAACGCAUUCUGGAAGAAGUAGUGGCUUCUCAAAAGAAGCUUCAGGACUGGAUCCACUGGGAUCAUCUUUGUGGUCAACUUGGCAAGGUGUUGGAUGAGUCUGAAGCCUUUAUUAGCAGUGGAGAACCUGAGGGAGAUGAUGAUAAGGAGACGGUAGAGCGAAGAUUGCAUGCCUGCAAGCAAGCUCUGCUCCAGUUGGAUGAGAGCAGGACUGUGUUGGGAACGCUUCUGGAUCACAGGGCGGUGCUGCAGGCAGAGCCAUGGUUCGGUGCCUCAGUCAGACAGGCAGGGGGCGCGCUAGAGCUGCGAUGGAAAGGUGCCUACAGACGUACUGAGCAAGAGGUCCUGCGACUAAGAAACAUCCAGGAAAGCAGGGCCAGAUUCCAGACUGACUUUACUUUGGUCAGUGAACGUCUCCUUGGUGCCAGCAAACACCUGAAGACUUUUUCAAACCUGGCAGAGUCCUCAGACCUGAGUCAGGAGUCUGUUCAAAGACGUUUGGUUGAGCUGCUGGACCUCUCGUUGGAGCUGGAAGCCACAUUUGCAUAUAGGCGGUCAGUUUCCAACGAGGCCGCUCGACUUCUCCACCUAAUGGAAGUUGAUUGUCCUCGACUGAGAAGUCAGGUCUCACAGCUGGAGGCCAGCUGCAGUCGACUGACCUCUGACCUUUCCAGUAUGCUGGAGCAUCAGAUGCAGCGUCUGCUGGCUGCCCAGCCGCCAGUAAAGCUGCUGUCUGAACUGGAGAACUGGCUGAAACAAAUGGAAACUCAACUGACCCAGGACAAAGAAAGAGUCCUCAAGGCCAAAAAUGCUGCUGCAAUGGCUGAAAUUCUGCAGCACUGUCAGGUGUUAAGGACGGCUGUGGACAAUUGUCAGCAAGUCCUGGAUUUGAUGUCCCAGCUUGGUCCUAAAAUGGUGGAAGCAGAGGUUCCGGCUUACCGAUUGGAGCGCACAACCUUCGCAGAGAACCUUGGCAGCAUCAGACUUCAGUGGCUGCUCCUUCAGAGGGAGCUGGACAGCCAGAUUCAUGAAGUUGAACACAUCUAUCAGACUUGUGCAGAACGAGAGAGACAUUUGCAGAGACUUCACAACUGGACAGAACAGCAGAAAAAGAGGCUGAUUCAGUGGAGACAGCCCGCCAGUCAAACUUUGGCUCGCUCUGCUCUUCUAGAGGUGGAGGGUGAUGUACGUAGAAUCCAGGAGGUUUCUGCAGCUCUGCAGGAACUGAAAAAAGUACGAGUACAUUACGAAAAGGAAGAGAAGCUCCAGUGUGAUGCGAUCUUCUCUGACGAAGCAGAGAGUGUGAGAAAUGCUUGUGGGGAUCUUUAUCAACAGAUGGAAGAUCUCAGACCAGCUCUCCAACAGACUGUGGAGAAGUGGACAUGUUUCCAAAGAGCUCUAAGGGAUUUUACCUUGUAUACCACUAGGGUGCGCUGUGCCCUGCAGCACCAGCAAGAACCUUUAUUCACCCCGCAGCAGGCUGAAGUAUAUUCAGACUUCCUCCAGGACCUCCAGGCAAAGGUGGAGGCAGAGGAAGAACAAUUUUCAAAGGCUGUACACAAAUCCUACAAGAGGCUUGUGGAGACUCUCCAUGAUGGAUCAGCACAGCCACUUAGUGAUCAAAUAGAGGCGCAGCGAACAGGGUGGAAGGACACACUCCGGGAGAUAACAGAGGAGCAUAAAAAGAUUAGAGAGAUAUUCUCCCUCUGGCAUGAAUACGCCAACCUUUCUGAUGGCUUUUCUCAUCGCCUGCAACACCUGUGGAAUGAGUGGGAGGAGUUGUCAAGCUCUUCAUGUGGAAAUGAUACAAAAGCAUCAGUUUGCUCACUAAAGAGGUUGCUGGAUGAUGCUGAAGAGCUGCAAAACAAUGCAGGAGAUGUGCUGGCAGCAUCCAAGGGACUUCUUGGACGACUUGAACCAUUGUCUGCAAAUUUAAUUAAAUCAGAAGCUAGAUUGUUGACUCGUGAUAUUCUGCUGCUGAACCAAGUAAUAUCAGGAACAAAGAAAAAUCUGGAGGAGGAUUUGAAACAAGAGAGCUGUGACACAUGUGAUGCAGUCACUCUAAAGCAGGUGCUUUUGGAGCACAGCAACAUGAUUCCAUCACUAGUUGACAUUAAAGCCAUCAACAACGAGGAGAUGGAGAGAGUUCAGUUACUUAACAGACAGUUGGUGGAAACCAUUACUCAGGCAACAGAUGAAAACAAAGUUUUGCAUAAUAAGCUUCAGAGCUCCCUUGACUUUCAAGAAAAAUAUGAAAAACUGAAAUCUAUCCAGGAGAACUUGGAGCAAGAAUGGCUAUGCAGAAAAGCCCUGAGUUACUCAUACUUUCAAGAGAUGCUGUCUGACCAUCAGAAGCUUCAGGCUGAGGUCAUAAAUGGGCACCAGCUCCUUCAGGGUCUUCUCUGUGAUGCAAUCAAGUCCAUGGAAAAGGAAACUGGUGAGAAAAGAUCUGAGCUUAUGGUUCAAGUGACCUAUCUAAAGAAGAGCUGGUCCAAUUCUGUUGCUCUAGCUACAUACAACUGGACAUUAACAAAGGAGCAUCUGCAGCAGUGGAGAAUAUACCAUUGCGGCUUGAAAUCUCUGAAGAAGCUGUUUAGAGAAGUGGACCCUUUUCUGCCCCCUACAGGACCAUGUCUUUACACGGUGCAGCAGCUGCAGAACUGCACACAUGUAAACCAGCUCAUUGAAGACGCUAUAAGUCUGCACUCCUCUGUGUACACCCAGACUGUUGAAGCAGGAAAACAUUUGUGCGAAAAUGUGAUAGAGUCAGAGAGUCAGCAUCAACUGCAAUCAGAGCUUCAGGAUUUACAGAAAGUCUGGGAGCGAACCAACUUACUGCAAAGAAGGAAUAAAGAUUUGGUUAAGACCUCUGUGCAGAUGUGGUCUCAGAGUCAGGAAGCCACACUCAACAUUUUGUCUGGAUUGGACAAGGUGAGCCAUCUGCUUGCACAGAGGCCAGUAGAACCAGAAGAGGAAGCGCAUAUCCAGGAGACUGAGCUCUCUCUGCAGUGUUUGUCCGGCGGACUGAGGGAACUGGCCACCAUGAGGACAGACCUGUCCCAGUAUGUCGUGGCAAGUGACUCGGCUCUUCUGGAUCAGCAGCUUGAACUUCUCCACGUUCAAUGGGAAGAGUUGUGCAUGAAGGUGUCCUUACGCAGACAAGAAAUAGCCGACCGCCUCAAUGCAUGGACCAUUUUUAAUGACAAGAAGAAAGAGUUCUGUGAUUGGCUGACUCAGAUGGAGAACAAGGUGUGCCACAGCACAGAUCUGAGCAUCGAGGAAAUGGUGGAGAAACUGAAGAAGGACUGCAUGGAGGAAAUCAACUUGUUCAGUGAGAAUAAGAGCCACCUGAAGCAACUGGGAGAGCAACUGCUGUUAGCCAGCGACGAGGCCAAGCAGACCCAGGUCUGUGGAUCUCUGCAGGAAGUCAAUCAGCGAUGGCACAACCUCUUUCAGCACAUCGAAGCCAGGGUGAAGAAGCUGAAGGAGACCCUGGUGACGGUGCAGCAACUGGAUAAGAACAUGAGCAACCUCCGCUCGUGGCUUUCUCGCAUUGAGGCCGAGCUGUCCAGACCAAUCACCUACAGCGUUUGCCAUGAGAAGGAGAUCCAGAAGAGGCUCGCUGAACAGCAGGACCUGCAGAAGAACAUCGAGCAGCACACAGAAGGUGUAGCAUCGGUCCUCAGCCUCUGUGAUGUUCUGCUGCAGGAUGAGGAUGCUGCAGGUGGGUCUGAGGCAGAGAGCGACUCGCUGCAGGAAACCAGCCGCAGCCUGGACCAACGAUGGAGGACCAUCUGUGCUCUGGCUCUGGACAGAAGGCUUAGGAUCGAGGAAACUUGGACUCUCUGGUGCAAGUUCCUCAACGACUACUCCCGCUUUGAGGAUUGGCUCAAAAUGGCUGAGAGAACUGCUGCCAACCCAAACUCUGCAGAGGUCCUCUAUUCUGUAGCCAAGGAAGAGCUCAAGAAGUUUGAGGGUUUCCAAAGGCAGGUUCAUGAGCGGCUGACUCAGCUGGAACUUAUCAACAAUCAGUACCGCCGUCUGGCCCGGGAGAACCGCACUGACCGAGCUAGCCAGCUCAAAGCCAUGGUCAGAGAGGGCAGCCAGCGCUGGGACAGCUUGCACCGUCGAGUAUCUGCCAUCCUACGCAGGCUUAAGUAUUUUACCAGCCAGAGGGAGGACUUUGAAGGCACCAGGGAGAGUAUGUUAGUUUGGCUGACUGAGUUGGACCUGCAGCUCACCAACGUGGAACAUUUCUCAGAGAGCGACGUCCAUCAGAAGAUACAACAGCUCAACGGUUUCCAAAAGGAGAUCACCCUGAACACUGAGCGCAUUGACGGGUUGAUAGUGUUUGGUGAGGCUCUGAUCCAGAAAAGUUCACCACAGGAUGCAGCUCUGAUGGAGGAUGAGCUGGAGGAACUUCACUCCUACUGCCAAGAGGUUUUCAGCAGGCUGGUCCGCUUCCACCAGCGCCUGAGCCAGCCCCUGAUGAUCAAAGAGGAACUGGACACCUCUGAUCUCACCUUCUCCCUGGAGUCAAGCCUGGAGCUGAUUGGUCGACCAUGGCUGGGGAGGAGCCAAAUAAGUCUGCCGGCCACACCCACCCACCUUCUCAGCUCUCCUUUGGAGCGUUCAGGGCGGGAGACUCCGGUGAGCGUCGACUCCCUUCCUCUAGAAUGGGACCACACCGGAGAUGUUGGAGGGUCAUCAUCACAUGAGGAUGAUGAGGAAGAUGAAGAUCACAAAGAUGGCGGGGCUUACUUCAGUGCACUGUCAGUUUCAAGUAGAUCUAUGGCUUUUCGUGAUUGUUCUUGGAGUACACCAGAAGCCACAGAAGCUCAGCUGGAUCCAGAACGACACACUGAGCCCACUCUCACCAGCACUCCUCUAAAGCAGGGUUAUCUGCAGCUCAUGUCCCAGUGUAGCGGCAGCAUCGAGAACAUAAAGAGAGUCUCUCUGAUCCUCGAUGGUGAUGAGGAGCAGCCGGAGGAGUUCGGUUUGACAGGACUGAAUGCCUCAGACAAACAGUCGGGUGUGAUUGAACGCUGGGAGCUGCUCCGGGCCCAGUCCAGGUGCGAUCAGUCUGGCACUCAGGAUCCUCAAAAGAUAACAUUUGACCUGGACAACAUUGCUUCCUGGCUAGAAAGCGUGAACCCUGAGCUGGAGCACCUCCUGCAGUCCGAACCAACAGGCAGUGUAGAGGACAUGGAAGCCAGGACCAAAGAGCUGAAGGAAAUGGAGAAAGUGUUUUGCCACUACAAGGCCAUCAUCCUGUCUGUCAACCUGCGAGCGAAGGAAGCUCCAGAACUACAGGAGACACUGGCGAGGGUGAACAGAGAGUGGAGCAGAGCUUGCACAGGACUGCAGCAAUGGGAAAACAGUCUGAGGAAGAAGCUGAUUUGCUGCCAAGAGUUUCAUGAAACUCUUCACUCUCUGCUGCUGUGGCUGGCUCAGGCAGAGAGCAGAUGCUACGCUGUGGACCUAAAGCACCCAGAAACAAGUGUCAGAGCACUGCAACAACAAGAAAACACACUAAGGGAUUUGCAGGAGGAGCUGCGGUGCAGGCAGCCUCAACAGGCCUCCCUUCAGGCUCUUUGGUCUCAGCUCCAGCCUAAUGAUGGUGCAGAGGAGAGUGAUGAGGCCCAGGAGAAGCUGCACGUGACGGGUAACAAGCUGAGGCAGCUCACGAAGAAGGUGGAUCAGGACCUCAGCACCCUGCAGCAGCGCCUGUUGAUUCAGGAUCCUGGGUGUGCAGCUGCAGACACAUCUCAGGACACAUCUCAGGAGGCUACAUGUUUAAAGACAGGAUCUUCUACUCAAAGGCAAAGAAGGGAAUCCUCCCCACCUCGAUCGUUCUUCUACCGCCUCCUCCGGGCCGCCUUCCCCCUCCAGCUCCUGCUGCUGCUCCUCCUGCUUCUCCCUUGCCUGAUUCCUCUGUCAGAGAGCGACCCCAGCUGCACUGUGACCAAUAACUUUGCCAGGUCCUUCUAUCCCAUGUUGCACUACACCAAUGGCCCUCCGCCUACCUAAUGGCAGUUUGUACUGAAUGAAAGACAUUUUAUCAAGAGGACAUGAGUGACCUUUCAGGACAAGUAUCAGCCAAAGUAAAAAAAAAACAACCUGAAUAUUUCUUUAUUUGGCACAAAUAUUAACAUUAUACAGUGUGUUUAUACCCCUUACACUUUCUGACAUUUUUAAACAUUACAACUAAAAGCAUCAAAAUAUUUUAUGGAAAUAAGUGCACAACUCUGAAGUAGAAAAUGUUCUGCAAAUUAAAAUCUGAACCAAUUAAUACUUUGUAGAACCACCUUUCUCUACAAUUUCAGCAGCAAUUGUGUUCUGGUAUGCAUCUACGAGCUUUCCAAAUCUAGAGAAUGAAAUGUUUGUCUAUUCUUCUUUGCAAAAUAGCCCAAGCUCAAUCAGAUUGUUUGGAGAGUGCCUGUGAACAGUAAUUUUAAAGUCUGGCCACAUAUGGAAAUUGGAUUUAGGUCUGGACUUUAAGUGGAUCGUUCUAAGUGAUCUUAACAACUCUGUGGAAGCUCUGUCUGUAUACUUUGGGUCGUUGCCCAGAUGGAAGAUCUUAAAUGUUUAGCAGCUUCUAACAGUUUCCUAAAGGAUUAACCUGUAUUUAGGUUGAUUCCUCUGCACCCUCAACUCUGACCAGUUUCUCUGCCCCUGCUGAACAAAAGCAUGUCCACAGCAUGAUGGUGUCACCAUCUUUGACUGGAUCGAUAGUGUGUUCAUAGUUUUCCACCACACAAAACAUUUAGCAUAUAGGCCAAAACGUUAGAUUUUUGGUCUCAUAUGACUAGAGCACCUCCUUUCUCAUGUUUGCUGCAUCUCCUGCUUGGUUUGGGGCAAACUGCAAACCGAAACCCUGAUGGAUUUUUACACUCUUCCAUAAAAGUCAGAUUCUUUGUGUGCAACUAAUAGUUCUCCUGUCAACAGAUUCUCCCACCUGAGCUGUGGAUCUCAGUAACUCUUCCAGAGUUACCAUGGGGCUUGUUGCUGCUGCUUGUUCACAAUUGUUCUCUAACAAACCUCCAAGGCCUUUAGAGAACAGCUGUAUUUAUACUGAGAUUAAAUCACACAGAACUCAUUUCUAAUUAGGUGUCUUUUGAAGGCAAUUAGCUGCUCUGGAUUUUGUUUAGUGGUGUUGGAGAAGGGUCUGCUUAAACACGGACACCAAACCUAUUAGAGUUUUGAUUCAAAAACAACUUUGAAGACCAUGCAUCUUCUUUUCCCAAUUAUGCAGAACUGUGUGUCGGUCUCUCACCUAAAAUCUAAAAAUAAAAACACACUGAAGCUUUUAGUGGUAAUGUGACAAAAUGUGAAAAAAGGGGCGUGAAUGCUUUGGCAGCAGAUUCUCUUAUUAAAAAAGUAUUACACAAAAUGAUUACAUCGUUUUAAACAAUGGUUUGAUCGAUAGUUGCUUUAAGAUCAAAUCCCUUUUCUCCCAACAUUAGAUUUUAUAAAUACCUAUUUAUACUUUUUUCAUUUGUAAUUAUUUUACUUGAGACAGUGAGGAUACUGUUAACAUUCGGAGGCAAAUAAAUCCUUGUAUUUAUUUAAGUCAAAGAAAAUACAUUUCCAACCUGCGAAAUUGGGCAAGGAGAAAUCUUUGGAAUAUGGCACUGAAGUUAAAAAGGCCUGACUGAUUUUGAAAACAAUGAAUGCUUAUAUAUAUAUAUAUAUAUAUAUGUUUUUGUUUUUGUGGAAAACCACUUUAAAUCAUCUCUUUAUCCAUCAGAUAGUGUCAUGCUGUUUGUUUACGGGAAACACCACAGAAACUGAUGCUGAAAUAUUGUUUUAUGAGCUACUUCUCAUAUUCCAGAUGCAGAAAGACUGAUUUUUACAACUAACUGAUUGAGCAGGAUAAUCAUGAGUGCCAACAUCACCGUCCACCACAUGAGCAUUCGUUUUUCAUCGAAUUUGCACUGUAUCACAAACCGUUUAGGUUUUUCUUUACAAUGAAAAAGAAACUGAGCUCCAUAUUGCGUGUUUGUGUUAUUCACUCAACAUUUCAUUGUUUGAUGUUAAUUCCUGUUAACCUGAACUCCAAAGGACUUUAGUUUACUCCAAAUAAACAAUGUGUACUUCC